AUGCCUGUCGCUGGCGAGCCGUUGCUUGACGAUGCCUCCAAUGAUCCCACUCAUAAAACUCGAUGGAGUUAUACAAGUCCUACUGAUCUUCCGCUACCCGAUGAAGAUCCCACACAGAAAUUCUGUCCUCGCCAUGCUACAACUAUUGCUCGCUUGAAUAGGAGCUCGUUUGGUCCUUACCCAGUUGGCGUGGAUUCAGCAACUCCCCAUCGCGAUUGGCAUUUCGGGAAUCUCGAUUAUAUCCUGUCGCAUCGGAGCUGGUGUCAAGUGUGUGGCCUCAUUGCAGAUGUUAUUAAUGAGGAUCCAGCCAACUCCAUGUUAGAACGCAACAAUGCGGAAAUAAUUGCCUGCUGGAUAUGGGACGGAGUGCUCAAUAGGAGCGGCGACGAGAUGGGAACCCUCCGGUUGAGAGUUGCCCCGGAGAUGGUUGGCUGGGAAGACUUGUUUGAGCCAUUUGAUCUGGUUCCCCUAGUAGACAGUGGCACAAACGACUCUUUAUUUCUAGGGAGAAACAUUGAGGAAGAUCAGUUCGAUCUGGAAUUGGUCAAAGUUUGGACCAAGCGCUGUGCCGAAUGGCAUGGCAGCGAGUGCCUAGAUACGACACCGUGGCAGACGUCUCACUUUGGCGUGCCUUUUAUUCGGAUGAUCUCCCUCACCGACUACAACUUGAUUGAGUCAUCUUGUCCUCUACCUUAUGCAGCGUUGAGUUACGUAUGGGGGACUUCUCCCGUAUUCAAGACGUUGCAGAGCAAUGUCAAAGACUUGAUGCAGCCACAAGGCCUACCAUUGCCGUCUCUUCCGAAAUCGAUUCGUGAUGCUAUGGUUCUAGCACGCGACCUUGGUUUUCAAUACAUAUGGAUUGAUUCAAUAUGUAUCAUACAAGAUUCUGGGGACGACAAAGUACAGCAGCUUCGCAUGAUGGACAGCAUCUACAGUCGUGCAAGUCUCACUAUUGUCGCUGCAGCUGGCGCUCAUGCAAACGCAGGAAUUCCUGGUUUACAACCGGCAACCAGAUCACGAAAACAGCAUACAGUCCAGAUCUCUAAAGAUCUGACUCUUGUGGCCCUCAAUCCAGAUACUCAUCGCAAAGCGACAGCUACAACAUGGAAUACAAGAGGCUGGACCUAUCAGGAACGACUUCUCUCAAAACGGUGUGUCUUCUCUUUCCCUGAUGGAUCUGUGAGCUUUCAAUGCUCAAAGGCUGUUUGGGGUGAAGAUUACUACGCUGAGACGCCAGAUCUGAAACGUUGCGCGCCGAUGAUGGACAUUUCCUUGAAUCGAAGCUGGAUGGCCCCGGGAUAUGCCAACGAGAGAGGCGCUCCAACUGUGCAUAUAACAAACACGCCGUAUCUACAGGAAUACUGCAGACUUGUCGAAGAAUACACUGGCCGCGAUCUGUCAUACCCGAGCGAUCGACUACCCGGCAUCAAUGGCGUUCUAGACGUUUUUCGAAGAGAGUUUGGCCUUCAGUUUCUUCAUGGGCUGCCGGAAGUUCUCAUUCAUAUGGCUCUUCUCUGGCAGCCACGCAACAAGAUGAAGCGCGUACCCAAAGACCCAAAGACAGGUUUACCGUUCUUUCCGAGUUGGUCAUGGACCGGCUGGACUGGGCCAGUUGGAUAUGAGAACUGGGAUGCAUUCAAUAGUAUGCCUGACCUGGAAGAUCGUGCCAAGCGUGUCAUUCCUUUCGGAAAGUUGGCCAAGAUGGGGUCAAGAGACCUCGAAUAUUUUCCUUUACCAACAGAGCUUCAAUCGUCUCUCAAUUGGUCAAAAAUUUCCACAACGAGACAUGGAACUUGUUAUGCUUUGGAUGACAAUGCCAACAGGUAUCAUUCAAUCCCUUACAUAGCACCAUCUACAAGGCCAGACGAAGUCAAGACAUUUGGGCAACCGCUUUGGCUUAGUCUACGCACGCGUGUCGCGCGUUUCCGAUUAACAAAUCUUGUUUUGAGUUCUGAUUUUAAUAAAGAAGACUUUCCCAUCGAGAAACGUGGCCGCUUUGGACUUUCUCUGCCGUCACCAUCUACAGGCGACCGCCCCUGGUUGGGAACAAUUCUUCUAUCUGUGCAAUAUCAUGCCAAGAUGACCCAAGACCAUGAGUUCAUAAUUCUAUCAGAAAGCUAUGGAUUCGAUCGUCAAGAGAUGGCACCAGCGGCGGCCAUGAAAAUGAAACCCUUUGAGGUUUACGAUGUGAUGAUGAUACGGAGAGUUGUUGGCGAGGAGUUGGCGCAGUAUAAAUCCCAGCUUGCAGCUGAGACAGCUCAUAUGGAUAAGUGGUUUGAUGGAAAAAGCUUUGUGGAGAGAAUUGGAGUUGGACGGGUGGUGAAAAGUGCCUGGGACGGUGACGACAACUGGGAAGACUUUGUUCUUAUCUGA